UAUAUAAAAGCUUUUCUGACGAGGUGGCUGGCGAGGCCGCCUCGUCGCUGGCUGCGCCCCCGUGGUUGGCCGUCCCGCUCGACUCGGGGGCCGUGCAGAGCGCAUAAAGGGGACCCGGCAAGCCGAGCGGAGGCGCAGCGUGGCAGGGCGAGCCCACCGGCCGGUCGGGCUGCCCCCUCGCCCCUUCCUCCCUCCCUUCCUUCUUUCCCCGGGAGGGAAGCCGAGGAGGCGGCGGCGCGGGAACCUCAGCAACCGGGAAGGGGCGGAGAAGGAGGAAAAGGACGGCCGGAUCGACGGGCGAGGCAGGCGAAGGAGGCGCCGGCCGAGCCGACAGCUCCGCGAGGACUCGACGGUCCCGGCCACCCACCUCCGGCCACCAGGUAAGGAAGAUGUAAAGCGGACCUCCAACCCAAGUCCCCACGAGUGUGUUCAGCAAGCCCCAUAUUUUCAGCCGGGCAAUGCCUGGCUCUCUUCACACGUUCCACAGAGGUCUGCUCGCUUCGUUGUAUUCCAAGGCUGGGGACCCGGUGCUACAUCAGAACUGACAUCCAGCAACUGAUGUCUUGCAGAGGCAUUCUGGUCAUUCGAGGUCUGGAGAAUCAGGAACCUUCAGGUGAAUAGAGGAACCGCCUUCCUUUCCCCUCUCCCUCCAGAGGCUGCAAGCCAGCCAGGACAGGGCCUGCGCGCACCGCCAGCUCCCCAUUCAGAGAAGACCCGAGGACUACAAUGGAAGAGAAUGUGUUCAGUGUACAGCAGAUUCAGCCCAAUGUCAUUUCCGUGAAACUCUUCAAGCGCAAGGUUGGGGGUCUCGGGUUCCUGGUGAAGGAGCGUGUCAGCAAGCCGCCGGUGAUCAUCUCUGACCUGAUCCGAGGUGGGGCGGCUGAACAAAGUGGCCUUAUCCAGACCGGGGACAUCAUCCUCGCCGUGAAUGGGCGCCCCCUGGUGGACAUGAACUAUGACACCGCUCUGGAGGUCCUGAGGAGCAUCGCCUCCGAAACCCACGUGGUCCUCAUCUUGAGAGGCCCAGAGGGCUUCACCACUCACCUGGAGACGACUUUCACCGGAGACGGGACACCCAAGACCGUCCGAGUCACCAGGCCCCUGUGUGCCACCUCCCCGUCCGUGGUUGACCUCCCAGCCGGCCUUGGGAUCCACACCAAAGAUCAGCGGCAAGGAGGUGACCAUACAAUGGGGGGCUCUGUCAGCUCUCGGUGCACCCGGGAGAAUGGACAGGGGGAUGAGUCCCUGGUGCACGUCAACGGGGUGAUCGCUGGGUCCGUCCCCAGGGACUCUCUGAAAGGGAGCGGGGACGUUUCUGACCGUUGCCUCAACGGCAGCGUCGAGAACAGCGAACUGUUGAAAGAGAUUGAGCCGGUCUUGGACCUCCUGAAGAGCAACAGCAAGGAGCUCAACGGAGAUGCGCAGCCCAGGAUGGUCACAAGAGACGCGGAGGUCCAGGUGGAUGGUUUCCGGGAAGCAGACCGGAAGUCGCCAAAGGCUUUGCCAUCAGGAAUGGAGAACGACCGAGUCUUCAACGACCUGUGGGAGAAGACUGACGCAGCCUCUGUCGCGAGCAAGCCCUCUUUGGACAAGGACCCGAUCCCGCCCUCAGGCCGGCAGUCACCAACAAAGAAUGUGGUGAAUGGAAGCCCCUCCAAGUGCCCACGCUUUGCUAAAGUGCGGAAUUGGGAGACUGGAUCGGUGCUCAACGACACUUUGCAUCUGAAGAGUACCAUGGUGACCCCCUGCAGUGAGCAGGUCUGCAUGGGUUCCAUUAUGACGCCUUCCCAGCACGUCCGAAGACCUGAAGAAGUCCGGACAAAGGAAGAGCUGCUCCCACUGGCGAAAGAGUUCAUUGAUCAGUAUUAUUCCUCCAUCAAGAGGUUCGGCUCCAAGGCCCACCUGGAGAGGCUGGAGGAAGUCACCAAGGAGAUAGAAGCUACUGACACCUACCAACUGCGAGACACAGAGCUGAUCUAUGGGGCCAAGCAUGCCUGGCGCAAUGCCUCCCGCUGUGUGGGCCGGAUCCAGUGGUCCAAGCUGCAGGUCUUUGACGCCCGGGACUGCACCACGGCCCACGGGAUGUUCAACUACAUUUGCAACCACAUAAAGUAUGCCACUAACAAAGGGAACCUCAGGUCGGCCAUCACCAUAUUCCCCCAGAGGACGGAUGGGAGACACGACUUCCGAGUCUGGAACUCCCAACUCAUCCGCUACGCUGGCUACAAACAGCUGGACGGCACCUUCCUGGGAGACCCGGCCAACGUGGAGCUGACUGAGAUCUGCAUACAGCAAGGGUGGAAGCCACCCAAGGGCCGCUUUGAUGUUCUGCCGCUCCUGCUCCAGGCCAAUGGCAACGACCCUGAGCUCUUUGAGAUCCCACCUGAGCUGGUUCUGGAAGUACCCAUCAGGCACCCCAAGUUUGCCUGGUUCAAAGACCUGGGACUGCAGUGGUAUGGGUUGCCCGCAGUUUCCAACAUGCUACUUGAAAUCGGUGGCUUGGAGUUCUCAGCCUGCCCCUUCAGCGGCUGGUACAUGGGCACUGAGAUCGGAGUCCGCGAUUACUGCGACAACUCCCGCUACAACAUCCUGGAGGAAGUUGCCAAAAAGAUGAACCUGGACAUGCGGAAGACCUCAUCACUCUGGAAGGACCAAGCGUUGGUGGAGAUAAACAUUGCUGUUUUGUACAGCUUCCAGAGCGACAAGGUGACCAUUGUGGACCACCACUCGGCCACGGAGUCCUUCAUCAAGCACAUGGAAAAUGAAUACCGCUGUCGGGGAGGUUGCCCAGCUGACUGGGUGUGGAUCGUCCCACCCAUGUCCGGGAGCAUCACCCCCGUCUUCCACCAAGAGAUGCUUAACUACAGGCUGACGCCCUCCUUUGAGUACCAGCCUGAUCCAUGGAACACCCAUAUCUGGAAAGGCAUCAACGGCACUCCCACCAAGAAGAGAGCCAUUGGGUUUAAAAAGUUAGCCAAGGCUGUGAAGUUCUCUGCCAAACUGAUGGGGCAGGCAAUGGCAAAGAGAGUCAAGGCCACUAUCCUGUAUGCCACGGAAACUGGAAAAUCCCAGGUCUAUGCAAAAACCCUGUGUGAGAUCUUCAAGCAUGCCUUUGAUGCCAAGGUGAUGUCGAUGGACGAGUACGACACUGUCCACUUGGAACAUGAAACUCUCGUGCUGGUGGUCACAAGUACCUUUGGCAACGGAGACCCACCAGAGAACGGGGAGAAAUUUGGCUGUGCUCUGAUGGAAAUGAGGAAUCCUAACUCCAACCUCGAAGAAAGAAGGAGCUACAAAGUGCGCUUCAACAGCGUCUCCUCGUAUUCGGAUGCUCGGAAAUCUUCGGCUGACGGGCCUGAAGCCAGGGACAACUUUGAGAGCACCGGUCCGCUGGCCAACGUCAGAUUCUCUGUCUUUGGACUGGGGUCACGGGCCUAUCCCCACUUCUGCGCCUUUGCUCGUGCCGUGGACACGCUCCUGGAGGAGUUGGGUGGAGAACGCAUCCUGAGGAUGGGCGAGGGGGAUGAGCUGUGCGGACAAGAGGAAUCCUUCAGGACGUGGGCCAAAAAGGUCUUCAAGGCAGCAUGUGAUGUGUUCUGCGUGGGCGACGACGUCAACAUCGAGAAAGCCAACAACUCCCUCAUCAGCAACGACCGGAGCUGGAAGAGGAGCAAGUUCCGCCUGACCUAUGUCGCCGAAGCACCCGAACUGACACAAGGCUUGUACAGCAUCCACAAAAAGCGAGUCUUCGCAGCCCGGCUCCUGGCACGUCAGAAUCUACAAAGCCCCAAAUCCAGCCGCUCCACAAUCUUCCUCCGGCUUCACACCAACGGACACCAGGAGCUGCAUUAUGAACCCGGAGACCACCUGGGCGUCUUCCCAGGUAACCACGAAGACCUGGUCAACGCCUUGAUCGAACGGCUGGAAGAUGCGCCCCCUACCAACCAGCUGGUGAAGGUGGAGCUCUUGGAAGAGAGGAACACGGCUUUAGGUGUCAUCAGCAACUGGACAGACGAGAACCGCGUCCCUCCCUGUACCAUCUUCCAGGCCUUCAAAUAUUACCUGGACAUCACCACCCCUCCCACGCCAAUCCUGUUGCAGCAAUUUGCUUUGCUGGCAACCAGUGAGAAAGAGAAGAAGCGCCUUCAGGUUCUCAGCAAGGGCUUGCAGGAAUACGAGGAGUGGAAAUGGUCCAAGAACCCCACCAUGGUCGAAGUUCUGGAAGAGUUCCCAUCCGUGCAGAUGCCGUCCACCUUCUUGCUGACCCAGCUCCCGCUGCUCCAGCCUCGCUACUAUUCCAUUAGCUCCUCCCCUGACAUGUACCCUGACGAGGUCCACCUCACGGUAGCCGUGGUCUCCUAUCGCACCAGAGAUGGGGAAGGGCCAAUCCACCACGGGGUCUGUUCCUCCUGGUUCAACCGGAUACAGGCGGACGAAGUGGUGCCAUGUUUUGUCAGAGGAGCUCCUGGGUUCCACAUGCCACAAGACCCGCAGGUUCCUUGCAUCCUGGUCGGUCCAGGGACAGGGAUUGCUCCUUUCCGGAGCUUCUGGCAGCAACGGCUCUUUGACGUCAAACACAAAGGGCUGAAGCCAUGCCCCAUGAUGCUGGUCUUUGGUUGUCGACAGUCCAAGAUUGACCACAUUUACAAAGAGGAGACCUUGCUGGCGAAAAGCAGUGGUGUCUUCAAGGAGCUGUUUACGGCCUACUCCCGUGAGCCAGACAAACCAAAGAAAUACGUGCAGGACAUCCUUCAGGAGCAGCUGGCGGGAACCCUCUACAAGGCGUUGAAGGAGCAGGGGGGACACCUCUACGUGUGCGGUGACGUCACUAUGGCUGGAGACGUCCUCAAGACCAUCCAGAGCAUCGGGAGGCAUCAGGGCAAGCUGACGGCAGAGGAAGCCAGCACUUUCAUUAGCAAGCUACGGGAUGACAACCGCUACCACGAGGAUAUAUUUGGAGUCACCUUGCGCACGUAUGAAGUGACGAACCGCCUCCGGUCCGAGUCGAUUGCGCACAUCGAGGAGAGUAAGAAAGACACGGACGAAGACACGACAGCCCACAACAAACGCUCGUCUGUGUCUCGUCCUAUUGUUGUGUCCUGAAGGAUGUGUUGUUGACGCUUGGAUAGCGAGGGAGGAAGAGACGGAGGACAAUGUUGGUGAUAUUUCUCUCCCCUCCACGCCGCCACCCUCUUCUCGCGUCCUGUGGCAAUUUAUUUUCCUUCCGUGUGACCUUCUCUGGAAUCUCCCACCGUGGCGCGAUGGCUUUGAACGCAACCUGCAAGCAGCUCUGGCAAAGACACACAACUUCCGCUCGUUCAUGACAAGGCCGUCUUCAUGGCUGCAUGAAACCACCACCCUAGUGGUUGUCAUCUGCAUUUUGUGUGUGCGUGUGUGUGUGUGUAUGCGUGUUCUGGGGUGGGUUUGGAGGGUCACGGUCAGUUGCUGUUGAGUUAUGCAGCAGAGGAAUGCAGAAUCGCCGCUCUUGUCUGUUUGCCAAAAUCUCUGCCUAGCAUGAUUUGCUUCAAGCAGUGGGUCACUCACUCCCCUGUCCCCUCCUGCAACUGCCCCUUUCAUUCCUGCAAUCUGGCAGGGGGGAAGAGGAAAAGUAUGGCGGGCAGCUCCUCCUGUGGCUUUGUUCUUGUGCAGCCUCUCAGUCCUUGCAUUCAAGGUGGGACUGGCCUUCGUUGCACAGAUAAUGGUCGCACCUUCGUAUGGCAUACCUGCGCAGUCUCUUAACGUGAUGCACUGCCCCGCCCUCCCUGCUCCCUUCCCUGCACCUUCCGCAACGUGUUUGAGCACUGAUCCAAUGGUCGCAAAGUCAGCAACACAGCUGGAUAUGGCAAGCUGGGUGGGCUGUAAGCAACAGACUGCCAGGAAGCAACUGUGGGUCAUCAGGCAUUGUGGCUAAAACACUGCUAAGGGUAUGAAUACACUAUUAGAAAUCCAAGAGGGUUUCCCUUGUUAAAUUCAUGCAAUGUGCUUUUUCCUUUACUCCUCAGAUAGAGAGAGAGAGAGAGAAAGAAAAAGAAUGAGAAUGGUACCAAUGGAUCACUUCUGUAGAACCACAGAACUGAGAUGGGGAAUCUGUGGUCCUCCAGGUGUUGAUGGGCUAUGACUCCCAUCAUCUUCCACUGAUUUCCCAUUCAGGCUGGGGCUGAUGGCAGUCGGGAUGCGGGAUAAAUAUGAUCCAGUUCAGCUUACCUAAUUCACACUUUGCCAAACAGUAUGCAGACUGAAACAUCAGCCGUUCUUUGAAAUUUGCACUUCUCCCAAUUUUCAAAUGCCAUUCUCCAGCUAAGUAACACAGAUGCAUACACUAGAGUAAAGUGCGCAUAUAAAUGCAUAUAUAAGCAAAAGUAACAUACACAAAAUGCAUUGCAUUAGGGGGAAUUGCUUUGCUUUAAAAAAGUGUACGUUGAGAGAAAAUGCAGACUUUUUAGAAGAAAUUCGCAUUAAAAUUCUGGUGAAUUUUCACAAGAACAACAACAACAAAAUCACGAGCUGAGAUGGUAACAUGGGGGAUCUAAUUUAAGAUUGAAAAACAUGAGAAACAGAGAAAAACAAAAAAUGACAUAUUCGCCCAACAUCAUGUCCAAGACCAUGGGUAGGCAAACUAAGGCCCGGGGGCCGGAUCCAGCCCAAUCACCUUCUAAAUACGGCCUGUGGAUUCAGCAUGUUUUUACU